AAGGACCGAUGGAGGGGCUGGGGGAGACCUUGAGGACAGAGCCCGCGCGAGGGAGCCCCCAUCCUCACCUCCCGUCCUCCAGCCCACCCGCCCCCAGGAGCACCACCUUCCCCACCCCCACCCUCAGGUCCCGGUAGUGUCCAGGGGGGCAGCCAAGGCCCUGGCCUUCUUGGCGGAGCCGUGCUCCCAGACCCCCACGCUGCUCCAUGGCCAGCCCCCCUCUCUCGUCCCCAAGCGCCUGACCCCACGGUUGCAGGCGGUCCACCGGGAGAGCACGCGGGGGCUCCUUAGAGCACCACGUGGAGCAGCCAGGGCUCUGGUCUUCCUAGAGGAGCCAUGCUCCCCGACUCCUACCAACACCCAGCCACCCCUUACCGGCCCACUACCCCCUCCUCCACCAGGCCCCCCCCCACCCGGUAGUACACACAUCUCGGAGGUUGAAGCAUCUCUGCGGCCAAAUCCCUCUCCCACACGCUACAGGCACCCAAACCACCCGAGUCGCCGCACAGCCCCAACACGCCCACCCAACAGGCUGCCCUCCCCACACCACCCCCCCCAGGCAGCCAGGACCCACCCGCAAGGGCUUGCGCCCCAGGCUCAUGGGAGCGGCGGCACCCGGGUAGAGGGGCCCACAGGAGAGGCCACCACAGAGCCCACACAAAUCUCUCUCCCCCCACCGUUUGUACCUCGCUCUAACCUCCACACUGGCCCAGCCCCUCGACCCCCACCUCCAACCCCCUCUCCCGGCCGGGUUCCCCACGAGUGGCCCCGUUGGGCAGCCAUCACCCCCCACACACAGCUUGCCCGAUCUGUUCCCACGGAGGGGGAUGUUUCGAGGAGAGUGGGGAUGCACACAGAGCACCCCCUGCCUGGCGAACCACCCAUCCUCCCUCCACCCACCCCUUUGGCCCCACAGCCCCCCCUUCCUUCACAAACAGGCGCGGACAACCAGGUUGGCCGCCGGCGGAAGAACAGGGGCAGAGGAGGCAGAGGGUCAGCCCACGUACUCCCCCCUCCCUCCCUCCCCCACCAAGAGCCCCUCCCCACCUCACAUCCCGUUGAACAAUUACCAGGCCCUACCUCUACAGCCCGACCACCAAACCUACACUCCCGCCCCGCUCCUGCACCUCCACAGGGCCAUGGGAGCGGACCAGCCCACUCACCCCCAUUCUGCCCCUCCCGUGCUGUGUCCCCCUCCCAGGUGGCGGCGGCCGCGAUCGCUACUGGGAGGGGGGCCGUCGGGUUGAGGGAUGCGCCCAUGGCAGACGCCACCGACUCCCCCUCCCAUCCCUCCCACCCCUUCCAUGUCGACGACCCCCUACCGCAACCCAUGGUGAUUGGGGAGGGCCAAGGGGGCCUUCUAGGGCAGGGUCCACACCCGAGCUCCGCUCAGCCAGCACGCCCCACUCCACCCUCUACCCUGCCAGCCCUCCUACUCUCACCUACAGGCAGGCAGGUCUUCGAGACCCCAGAGGAGGUGAGGGCUGGCAUUUCAGAUUUGCUGGCGAUACACCGCCUGAGCAGCUCUCCGGCUGCCCCCACCCUUCCAGUCCCACAGGACCGGACCCGGACGUAUGCGGAGGUCACCCGGUCUGUCCCUUCUUUUAUCCCCCCCGCCACUCAGCCAGGCGCGUCACUCCCGACCCCAAUGGAGACGGACCGGGGUCUGAGGCCGUGUCACUCGCACCUAGACGGGGUGGCGCCUCCCCCCGUUCAGCCCGUGGCGCAGGAGGUCACCAGCAGUAGGGAUGAGGCUAUCCGCCCCUACCGAGACCCCUCCGCCUGGGCCAGUUCCGACGCCACGGCCCCGAUUGACCCCGCCGACACGGCGACAUCACCCGACCAGGUCGUGAGUUGCCCCACCUGCAGGAGCUCUCUCGCGAACCGACGCGCGCUCCAGCACCACAUUCCCUUCUGCCAUCCUGCGGACGCGGCUCGCAGGGCGCAGGCUGCCCAUGAUACCGCCUCGAUCAUCCCUUCCCUCUCACAGCCCCGUGCGACCGGGAUGCAGUUCACCGACGCACAGUGGCAGACGCUCGACUCGGUGGACUGGACAGAGUACUUCUCGCCCGAGCGUAUCCAUACACGCCCUCUCCGACGUGUCCCGGAGAGGGUCCGCGGAGGAUAUCUUGACGUCCUCAGUGCGAUCCUAGUCCGCAUUGCCCAGGACCCGGAGGCUGCUGGCCCUACCUUCCUCCUCGCUGCAGCGCCGACUCUUUUCCUUGUUCCAGCGACGCCACCCGACCGCUCGCACACGGCUGCCAUUGCAACGCGCAUCUCUCGCUUUGGUCGAGGUGAGUGGGCUGAGCUAGUCUCAGAUGCACUAGGCCGUCGCACACCCCUUCCUCGCCGCACAGGUCACCGGUCACGCACCGCCACCGAUCCCUCUGCAGCAGAUGAGCGCCGCAUUGCACGUUGCCUUCGUCUGGCAGCGUGCAAUGAGACCUCACGGGCGUGCGCGGCUCUCGAGUCCGCGGAGGCAGCCCCAGAUACACAGGGGACGAUACAGCGCCUGCAGUCGAAGCACCCCAACGCGGAGAGGCCGACCCCAGCUUGGCUGUCUGGCUUCCAGGGGUCCCCUCUCGUGCUCUCGGUGGAUCACUUACGCCGCGCGAUUUUCACAGCUCCGCGGGGCUCUUCGGGAGGACCGUCCGGUUGGGUCGCUGAGCACCUGCGAGACACUUUCCUAGCUUUCCCUCAGAGUCUCCAUUUCCUCCUGGCCGUGUACCAGCAGUGGCUCCGAGGCCGUUGCGCUCCAGCUGCGCGCUCCUUGCUAGCGUCCUCCACCCUCGUGGCUCUGGCGAAGUCGAACAUGGAUGUUCGGCCGAUUGCCAUCGGCGAGGUUUUGGUCCGCAUUCUUUCUCGGGCAGUUUGUCUCCAGCUACGUGACCAGAUGGCGAGGGUCUUCUUGGCAUCACAGCAGUUUGGGGUGGGGGUUACGUGCGGGACAGAGGUCGUAGUUAGAGGCGUCCGCCGCGCUCUGGCUGACCACCCAGACUGGGUGGUCCUGCAGCUAGACGUGGCGAAUGCCUUUAACUCUUUCCACCGAGACAGGAUGUUUCAGGCGCUGCAGGCCAGUCCGGAGUUUCAGUGUCUGAUCCCCUUCAUCGGCCUCUUCUACGGGACGCCCUCGGAUCUCCACUACAGGUCAGGCACGGGAGUGGUCACGAUGCACUCGGAGCGGGGCACUCGCCAGGGAGACCCUCUCAGCCCCUUCUUGUACGCUCUGACACAGCGUCUUGCUUUGGAGCCGGUUCUGGCGGAGGGGGAUGUCCAGCUCUGGUCGUACGCCGAUGACACGUACGUGCUAGGUCCCCCAGACAGGGUGCUGCACCAUUUUGCCGAGAUCGUGAGGCGCUUGGGCGAGAUGGGCCUUGCAGCCCAGCCGCACAAGUGCCUCGUCUACCAGACAGAGUCCUUUCUGUCCAGGGAUCUGGAGGCUUUCACGGGCCUAGGGAUCGAGGUCGCACGCCGAGGGCUCACCGUGACAGGCGUACCGGUAGGCACCGUUUCGUUCGUGGAGCAGAGUCUCCCGGAUCGUCUCGAGAGGAUGGGGCGGGUGCUACCUUGGCUUCCGAGGUUGCGCCAGCCCCAGACAGCUGCCCGCCUUCUUUCGGCGUGUGUCAGCACUCGUCCGCAGUACCUGUCGAGGACCGUCCCUCCUUCGCCCGCAGUGAUCUCCAGUUUUACACGGUGGGACGCACGCCUGGGAGAGACUUUUCAGCAGCUUUUAGCUUCAGGGACCUGGGCUUGUCGCGAGGACGUCCGAGAGGCCGCCCUAGACCAGAUCUUCCUCCCCAUCCGUCUCGGGGGUUUCGGCAUUCGUCGCAUGGCGCGCAUUGCCCCGGUGAGUUUCGUGUGCUCCUGGGUGCAGUGUGCACCCAUUCUCUGUUCUCUCCCUGCGUGUGGCGAGGUGUUUCGGCAGAGCUUCGCUUCAGGUGAGCCAGAGCAGAUCGACCGGGCUCUGCAGACGGCGCUAGAGGGUCUCCCUCCUGACGUUCUCUCUCUCCUUCCCCCCUGGCCCUCUUGCGCUUCUGCCUCCCCCGAUUCCCUUUUUGCAGGAGCGAGCCGUCUUCUGGAGGCGCAUGCCUUGGAGGCCGUGCGUGCCCGUCACACCUCUCCCUUGCACCUUGCCCGUUUGACUUCCCUUCAGGGCGGAGGUGCAGGAGCGUGGUUGACGUCGGUGCCGUACGCCGACCCACUGCGCAUCCCGGAGGCGCUGUGGCAGGCGGCUUCAUCUUCUCGUCUUGGUCUCCCUAUCCCCCAGUUAGCCCUUGCAGGUCAGUGCUCCUGCGGACAGGCGAUUGACGACAUGACGGUGCCUCAUCACGCGGUUCGGUGCCCGCGUUACGGGGUCGCCACUACCAUCCACGACACGGUGAAGUACAUGCUUCGAGACUUUGCGGUCGAGGCGGGCUUCGCGGUAAAGGUGGAGGACUCUACGCUGUUCACACAGUUGGAGGCGGCUCGAGCGAGACUACUGGGACAGCCAGUGGUGGGAGAGGGGACACGGGCUGAGGGACCGGGGGAGCGGAGAGGCGAGGCGGGACAGCCGGGUGGCGGGGGACAGUGGGGACGGCACCAGCUGCGGGGUCAGGUGGAGCGAGGGACAGGUGGGCAGAGGGGACGGCAGGGGGAGCAGACGGGCCAGGACGGGGAGGGGGGACGGCACAGGCAGCAGCAGGAGAGCCAGUGGAGGCCGCGGGCCCAGGGCGCCGCGCCUCCAGGUUCGGCCUCGGGGGCGGGGCAGGGGCGGGAGCAGCAGAGAGCGGACGGAGGUACAGGAGGGGCAGCGGGAUUGGGAGGGGAGGGCCAGGGAGUGAGAGAGGCAGCAGGGGAUGGAGCAGGGGGGUCGGGAGGUUUGGGGGAGGGUAGGGAGGGGGAGGGGAGAGGACAGGUGGAUGGAGGAGAGGAGAGGGGGAGAGAGACGAUCGGAGAGGGGGCACCAAGGGACCAGACAGGGCAGCAGCCAGCGCAACAGCAGGGACCAGUCGGACGCACAGGCCGUGUAGGCACCGCCUCCCGCAUUCCAGACCUCACCUGCCGCGACGUUGGCCAGGGUCUGAUGGUUCUUGUGGAUGUCUCCAUAGCGGAUCCACAGCGGGAGGGGAACGUGCAGCUGAGACGGGCGACCCCCACACAGAUUGGAGUGGCAGCAGCUAGGCGGGUGCAGGAGAAGCUGCGUCACUGGGGGCCGCACUUAGAGGGGCUGCAGCCGGCACCACACUUUUACGCGUGCGUGGCGGAGACCUUUGGCCUUCUGAGUGAGCCGCUGCGUCAGUUUCUGGGGCUCUGCGCAAAGAGGAUAGCACAGCGGAGGAGGGAUAGAGGUGGGGGGGAUGACGGAUCGGCACGGAUAUUUGAGGCAGGACUCACUACACGCCUCUCCGUUGCACUGCAGCGCGCGCAGGCUCAAUGCAUGAUCCAGCAUGCGGUGCGGCAGUUAGGGAGUCACACCCCCUGCCCCCUCAUGCCAUCCGCUCCCCCCGCCCCUACCCUCCGCGUGCCCGCUCCCUUGCCGCCUCUUUUGACCCUCCCUGCCCCCCCUCGCCGUUUCCCACCGCCCGCCAUUCGCUCCUCCCCGCCCGUGCGCUCCCCUCCUUUACCUUCUCCUCCCCCCUCCCCUCCUCUGCUGCACGCCUCUUCCUUCCCCUCGCCGACCCACUCCACUCCCUGCCCCUCCUCAAUCCGCACCCUGCCCCUCGUAUCUCGCCCCCCUAUGCUUGGUUUCUCCCCUCCCUGCCCCUCGCCGCCUUUCCCCGCUCCCCACCUCCCCCCUCUCCCUGCCCCCCCCACUCUCCCCCCCCCCCUUGUCCUUGGCUUCCUACCUCCCUGCCUCACCUUUCCCCCCUCCGUGUGCUCAGCUUCUCCCCUCCCUGCCCCUCCCUCCUCCCCGCCCUGCCCCUCAUUUUCCGCCCCCCCCCCCCCCCACGCCCGGUUUCUCCCCUCCCCGCGCCUCCCUUUCUUUCUCCGUGCCUCUCCUUUGCUCCCUCCCUGCCCCCGCCUGCCCAUGCCCCUGUCUUUGGCUUCUCCCCUCCCUGCCCCACGUUUCUUCCCUCCCUGCCCCCCGUCUGCCCCUCCCUUGUUUUCCCCUCACCCAUUGCUUCUCUCCUCCCUGCCCUUGAUUUCCCACACCCCUGCCCUCGUUUCCUAUCAUCCAUGCCCCUCGUUUCCCCCCUUUCCCCUGCCCGUUGCUGCCCCUCCCCUUGCCCCCUCAACUCCCCUGCCCCCCGUACACCCCAAGUCCCAUCCAACCGCCCCCACCCUCCCCCGGCUGCCCGUUUCCGCUCUCCACCCCCGCGACCGUGUGCGGCUUCCAACCGCCCAACGGUGUCACACCCCCUGCCCCCUCAUGCCAUCCGCUCCCCCCGCCCCUACCCUCCGCGUGCCCGCUCCCUUGCCGCCUCUUUUGACCCUCCCUGCCCCCCCUCGCCGUUUCCCACCGCCCGCCAUUCGCUCCUCCCCGCCCGUGCGCUCCCCUCCUUUACCUUCUCCUCCCCCCUCCCCUCCUCUGCUGCACGCCUCUUCCUUCCCCUCGCCGACCCACUCCACUCCCUGCCCCUCCUCAAUCCGCACCCUGCCCCUCGUAUCUCGCCCCCCUAUGCUUGGUUUCUCCCCUCCCUGCCCCUCGCCGCCUUUCCCCGCUCCCCACCUCCCCCCUCUCCCUGCCCCCCCCACUCUCCCCCCCCCCUUGUCCUUGGCUUCCUACCUCCCUGCCUCACCUUUCCCCCUCCGUGUGCUCAGCUUCUCCCCUCCCUGCCCCUCCCUCCUCCCCGCCCUGCCCCUCAUUUUCCGCCCCCCCCCCCCCCACGCCCGGUUUCUCCCCUCCCCGCGCCUCCCUUUCUUUCUCCGUGCCUCUCCUUUGCUCCCUCCCUGCCCCCGCCUGCCCAUGCCCCUGUCUUUGGCUUCUCCCCUCCCUGCCCCACGUUUCUUCCCUCCCUGCCCCCCGUCUGCCCCUCCCUUGUUUUCCCCUCACCCAUUGCUUCUCUCCUCCCUGCCCUUGAUUUCCCACACCCCUGCCCUCGUUUCCUAUCAUCCAUGCCCCUCGUUUCCCCCCUUUGUACGUUCAGCCUCUUCCCUCCCUGCCCCUCCCUUCCUCCCCCCCUGCCCUUUGCUCUCCCCUCGUUACGCUCCCUUCUCCCCAUCCCUGCUGCCCUCUUACCACCCCAAGCAGGCCAUUCUCCCACGACCAGCCCCCGCUCCCUACCCUUCAAUCCCCCCGCCGCGCUCUCUCUCGUGCGUCUCCUCUCUUGCCACUUUCAUACCACCUCCCCCUUCUCCCCCCCCCCGGCUUCUCCCUAUCAUCACCCGCAUGUUCCCCCACUCCCCUGUCCACAACGUCCCUCCACCCCCCUUCCUGCUUUCCCCACUCCCACUCUGCCCCCCACACCUCUACGAGCCGUACUUCCCCCUCCAGCCUCCCUUUCCCCCCCAGCUACUUCCGCAUCCAGCGUGGGCUGCACCUCUGCAUCCCGCCCUGCCAGGCCCUUCGGUGACCCAACUGCCGCCACCUGGCACCACGCCGCCUUUCCCACCCCCAUCCAAUCUCUACACCCCCUGCCCCUGCUCCCUGCGCAAUCCAGCCACCUACCCCAGCCUCCCUCUACCUCUCCCUAACUCCACACCGCCGUUCCUACCCCCAGCCAAGGUCUACACCCCUUGCUUUUGCUCCCUGGGCUGUGCCGUCCCCAACCUCCCUCCGCCUUUCCGCGGCACCAGACCGCCUCUCCCUCCCCCAGCCAACCUUUGCACCCCCUGUUCCUGCCCCUUGUGCCCUCCAACACCCUACCUCAACCCCCCCCAGUCUCCCCCUUCUCCAACACCCUCCAUAUUUCCUCCCCCCUGGGGCUCGCCCAUCCGCAGCUAUCACCCUUCAUCGAUUCCCCAAUUCCCUCUGUCCCCUGUUUCCCGGCCCCGCAUCCUAUUCCUGCAUUUACCACAGCACCUCCUUUCGGUGCCCUCUCUGCCCUCCCACGUUCUCACCCCCCGCCUCCCAACCUUCUCAUUACCCGCUACCAGGCUCACGCCAACUCGACUACCCACUACCCUUUGCCCCUUCCUCUCUGUUCCCCACCCUUCCUUUCCCACCUGGCUCCACCUGCCCACCCCCACCUCCCGUGGAAUUCUGCCCUGCCCUCCCCACCUCUGGCCCACCACCUGUCCCCACACCCUGCUCACCCACCGCUACACCACCCCCGCCCCCCCACCUCCACUACAGCCCGCCAACACUUCCCCUCUCAAUCGGCCCCCAGCCCGCCCCCCCCUUGGGCCCCAAUCCCCUCCAACCUGUCAGGCCCCCUCUACCCUCUCUUCCACCCACUGCGCACCGCUUUCCCCACCCUUUUCCCCUUUCCCCAAGCUAACCCCCCGCACCCCGGCCUCUGCCAGGGAAGCCAGGGGGGAACUUGCAGCUGACACUGCACGGGAAGGGGUAAGUGAGUUUGUGUGUGAAGGAGCAGCAGAGGCUACAGAGGAUGGGGCAGCAAAGGCUGCACGGGAAGGGGCAAUGGGGGUUGUGGGGGAAGGGGCAGCAGAGGCUGCAGAGGAAAGGGCAGCAGAGGCUGCAAGGGAAGGGGCAGCAGCGGCUGCACGGGAAAGGGCGGCAGGGGCUGCACGGGAAGGGGCGGCAGGGACCGUGACUCUGGCCAGGCAAAGGGCAGAGGCCAUGGAGACAGGUUUUGCAGGAGUAGGGGCCACGGAACCUGCUGCUGUGUCGGCUGGGGGAACCGCAGCAGAGGAGGCUAUAGGGACCGCACCAGUCGAGGCUGCAAGGACUGCAGCAGGAGCGACAGAGGCCACAGCGGGGGCUGGUAUAGGGGGAGGUGCUACGGGUGCAGCGGGGAAGGGGGUAACGGGGACUGGUGCGAGGGAGAGUGCCGCCCCGGCUGUAGCAAGAGAGGGUACGGCAGGGGCCUCAAAGGCAGAAGGUGAGGCUGCAGCUGAAGCAGCAGGGAGGGCCAUAGCACGGCCAGUAGGGGCGGCAGGGGCCGCAGCAAACUCGGGGAAACACACAGCAGGGCCGGCAGGGCCGGCAGAGACUGCAAAAGGGGCUAGCAGUAAAGCGGCAGCAGGCGGGGUGGGCUUGGGGGACAUAGGGGCAACAGGGGAAGGAGAGGGGAGGGUGGUCCCGACCGGGGUGGGCACUGAAGAGGGGGAUGUGAUAGCGAUAGAGGAGGAUGAGGGAGAGGAUGUGAUGCACAUUGACGGGCCACUGGCCCAAUACCUCACGCUUGACGGUGAGGCCGACCCGGCCCCCCUGCAGCCUCACGUCGAGGUUCCCCCUCUACCCCCCAUGCCCGUCCCCAUGCUAGCAGAAGGACCGAUGGAGGGGCUGGGGGAGACCUUGAGGACAGAGCCGCGCGAGGGAGCCCCCAUCCUCACCUCCCGUCCUCCAGCCCACCAGCCCCCAGGAGCACCACUUCCCCACCCCCACCCUCAGGUCCCGGUAGUGUCCAGGGGGGCAGCCAAGGCCCUGGCCUUCUUGGCGGAGCCGUGCUCCCCGACCCCCACGCUGCUCCAUGGCCAGCCCCCCUCUCCGUCCCCAACGCCUGACCCCACGGUUGCAGGCGGUCCACCGGGAGAGCACGCGGCACACCUCUGCCCCCACCCUCAGGGGCUCCUUAGAGCACCACGUGGAGCAGCCAGGGCUCUGGUCUUCCUAGAGGAGCCAUGCUCCCCGACUCCUACCAACACCCAGCCACCCCCUUACCGGCCCACUACCCCCUCCUCCACCAGGCCCCCCCCCACCCGUCGCCGCACAGCCCCAACACGCCCACCCAACAGGCUGCCCUCCCCACACCACCCCCCCCAGGCAGCCGAGACCCACCCGCAAGGGCUUGCGCCCCAGGCUCAUGGGAGCGGCGGCACCCGGGUAGAGGGGCCCACAGGAGAGGCCACCACAGAGCCCACACAAAUCUCUCUCCCCCCACCGUUUGUACCUCGCUCUAACCUCCACACUGGCCCAGCCCCUCGACCCCCACCUCCAACCCCCUCUCCCGGCCGGGUUCCCCACGAGUGGCCCCGUUGGGCAGCCAUCACCCCCCACACACAGCUUGCCCGAUCUGUUCCCACGGAGGGGGAUGUUUCGAGGAGAGUGGGGAUGCACACAGAGCACCCCCCUGCCUGGCGAACCACCCAUCCUCCCUCCACCCACCCCUUUGGCCCCACAGCCCCCCCUUCCUUCACAAACAGGCGCGGACAACCAGGUUGGCCGCCGGCGGAAGAACAGGGGCAGAGGAGGCAGAGGGUCAGCCCACCCCGACCACCAAACCUACACUCCCGCCCCGCUCCUGCACCUCCACAGGGCCAUGGGAGCGGACCAGCCCACUCACCCCCAUUCUGCCCCUCCCGUGCUGUGUCCCCCUCCCAGGUGGCGGCGGCCGCGAUCGCUACUGGGAGGGGGGCCGUCGGGUUGAGGGAUGCGCCCAUGGCAGACGCCACCGACUCCCCCUCCCAUCCCUCCCACCCCUUCCAUGUCGACGACCCCCUACCGCAACCCAUGGUGAUUGGGGAGGGCCAAGGGGGCCUUCUAGGGCAGGGUCCACACCCGAGCUCCGCUCAGCCAGCACGCCCCACUCCACCCUCUACCCUGCCAGCCCUCCUACUCUCACCUACAGGCAGGCAGGUCUUCGAGACCCCAGAGGAGGUGAGGGCUGGCAUUUCAGAUUUGCUGGCGAUACACCGCCUGAGCAGCUCUCCGGCUGCCCCCACCCUUCCAGUCCCACAGGACCGGACCCGGACGUAUGCGGAGGUCACCCGGUCUGUCCCUUCUUUUAUCCCCCCCGCCACUCAGCCAGGCGCGUCACUCCCGACCCCAAUGGAGACGGACCGGGGUCUGAGGCCGUGUCACUCGCACCUAGACGGGGUGGCGCCUCCCCCCGUUCAGCCCGUGGCGCAGGAGGUCACCAGCAGUAGGGAUGAGGCAUCCGCCCCUACCGAGACCCCUCCGCCUGGGGUAGCAGAGCCGUCACUUGAACCGCACCCCGCCGAGGGGCAGGAGCACACCACGGCACACACUUCAGGCUCACCUCCACGUCCCCCCUCCCCAGCUUCAACACCGGUACCGGCACGAGGCCCGGCCCUAUCCUGUGCGACACCACCUCUAUCUUCGCUGACACCCCCCCCGCGCGGGGCUGGUGAGUCGUCUCCUCCCCUCAUCCCAGGCGAUCCUGUCGGAGCUCAGGCCGCCCACGGGGUCCCCUCUACAGCCAGUUCCGACGCCACGGCCCCGAUUGACCCCGCCGACACGGCGACAUCACCCGACCAGGUCGUGAGUUGCCCCACCUGCAGGAGCUCUCUCGCGAACCGACGCGCGCUCCAGCACCACAUUCCCUUCUGCCAUCCUGCGGACGCGGCUCGCAGGGCGCAGGCUGCCCAUGAUACCGCCUCGAUCAUCCCUUCCCUCUCACAGCCCCGUGCGACCGGGAUGCAGUUCACCGACGCACAGUGGCAGACGCUCGACUCGGUGGACUGGACAGAGUACUUCUCGCCCGAGCGUAUCCAUACACGCCCUCUCCGACGUGUCCCGGAGAGGGUCCGCGGAGGAUAUCUUGACGUCCUCAGUGCGAUCCUAGUCCGCAUUGCCCAGGACCCGGAGGCUGCUGGCCCUACCUUCCUCCUCGCUGCAGCGCCGACUCUUUUCCUUGUUCCAGCGACGCCACCCGACCGCUCGCACACGGCUGCCAUUGCAACGCGCAUCUCUCGCUUUGGUCGAGGUGAGUGGGCUGAGCUAGUCUCAGAUGCACUAGGCCGUCGCACACCCCUUCCUCGCCGCACAGGUCACCGGUCACGCACCGCCACCGAUCCCUCUGCAGCAGAUGAGCGCCGCAUUGCACGUUGCCUUCGUCUGGCAGCGUGCAAUGAGACCUCACGGGCGUGCGCGGCUCUCGAGUCCGCGGAGGCAGCCCCAGAUACACAGGGGACGAUACAGCGCCUGCAGUCGAAGCACCCCAACGCGGAGAGGCCGACCCCAGCUUGGCUGUCUGGCUUCCAGGGGUCCCCUCUCGUGCUCUCGGUGGAUCACUUACGCCGCGCGAUUUUCACAGCUCCGCGGGGCUCUUCGGGAGGACCGUCCGGUUGGGUCGCUGAGCACCUGCGAGACACUUUCCUAGCUUUCCCUCAGAGUCUCCAUUUCCUCCUGGCCGUGUACCAGCAGUGGCUCCGAGGCCGUUGCGCUCCAGCUGCGCGCUCCUUGCUAGCGUCCUCCACCCUCGUGGCUCUGGCGAAGUCGAACAUGGAUGUUCGGCCGAUUGCCAUCGGCGAGGUUUUGGUCCGCAUUCUUUCUCGGGCAGUUUGUCUCCAGCUACGUGACCAGAUGGCGAGGGUCUUCUUGGCAUCACAGCAGUUUGGGGUGGGGGUUACGUGCGGGACAGAGGUCGUAGUUAGAGGCGUCCGCCGCGCUCUGGCUGACCACCCAGACUGGGUGGUCCUGCAGCUAGACGUGGCGAAUGCCUUUAACUCUUUCCACCGAGACAGGAUGUUUCAGGCGCUGCAGGCCAGUCCGGAGUUUCAGUGUCUGAUCCCCUUCAUCGGCCUCUUCUACGGGACGCCCUCGGAUCUCCACUACAGGUCAGGCACGGGAGUGGUCACGAUGCACUCGGAGCGGGGCACUCGCCAGGGAGACCCUCUCAGCCCCUUCUUGUACGCUCUGACACAGCGUCUUGCUUUGGAGCCGGUUCUGGCGGAGGGGGAUGUCCAGCUCUGGUCGUACGCCGAUGACACGUACGUGCUAGGUCCCCCAGACAGGGUGCUGCACCAUUUUGCCGAGAUCGUGAGGCGCUUGGGCGAGAUGGGCCUUGCAGCCCAGCCGCACAAGUGCCUCGUCUACCAGACAGAGUCCUUUCUGUCCAGGGAUCUGGAGGCUUUCACGGGCCUAGGGAUCGAGGUCGCACGCCGAGGGCUCACCGUGACAGGCGUACCGGUAGGCACCGUUUCGUUCGUGGAGCAGAGUCUCCCGGAUCGUCUCGAGAGGAUGGGGCGGGUGCUACCUUGGCUUCCGAGGUUGCGCCAGCCCCAGACAGCUGCCCGCCUUCUUUCGGCGUGUGUCAGCACUCGUCCGCAGUACCUGUCGAGGACCGUCCCUCCUUCGCCCGCAGUGAUCUCCAGUUUUACACGGUGGGACGCACGCCUGGGAGAGACUUUUCAGCAGCUUUUAGCUUCAGGGACCUGGGCUUGUCGCGAGGACGUCCGAGAGGCCGCCCUAGACCAGAUCUUCCUCCCCAUCCGUCUCGGGGGUUUCGGCAUUCGUCGCAUGGCGCGCAUGGCCCCGGUGAGUUUCGUGUGCUCCUGGGUGCAGUGUGCACCCAUUCUCUGUUCUCUCCCUGCGUGUGGCGAGGUGUUUCGGCAGAGCUUCGCUUCAGGUGAGCCAGAGCAGAUCGACCGGGCUCUGCAGACGGCGCUAGAGGGUCUCCCUCCUGACGUUCUCUCUCUCCUUCCCCCCUGGCCCUCUUGCGCUUCUGCCUCCCCCGAUUCCCUUUUUGCAGGAGCGAGCCGUCUUCUGGAGGCGCAUGCCUUGGAGGCCGUGCGUGCCCGUCACACCUCUCCCUUGCACCUUGCCCGUUUGACUUCCCUUCAGGGCGGAGGUGCAGGAGCGUGGUUGACGUCGGUGCCGUACGCCGACCCACUGCGCAUCCCGGAGGCGCUGUGGCAGGCGGCUUCAUCUUCUCGUCUUGGUCUCCCUAUCCCCCAGUUAGCCCUUGCAGGUCAGUGCUCCUGCGGACAGGCGAUUGACGACAUGACGGUGCCUCAUCACGCGGUUCGGUGCCCGCGUUACGGGGUCGCCACUACCAUCCACGACACGGUGAAGUACAUGCUUCGAGACUUUGCGGUCGAGGCGGGCUUCGCGGUAAAGGUGGAGGACUCUACGCUGUUCACACAGUUGGAGGCGGCUCGAGCGAGACUACUGGGACAGCCAGUGGUGGGAGAGGGGACACGGGCUGAGGGACCGGGGGAGCGGAGAGGCGAGGCGGGACAGCCGGGUGGCGGGGGACAGUGGGGACGGCACCAGCUGCGGGGUCAGGUGGAGCGAGGGACAGGUGGGCAGAGGGGACGGCAGGGGGAGCAGACGGGCCAGGACGGGGAGGGGGGACGGCACAGGCAGCAGCAGGAGAGCCAGUGGAGGCCGCGGGCCCAGGGCGCCGCGCCUCCAGGUUCGGCCUCGGGGGCGGGGCAGGGGCGGGAGCAGCAGAGAGCGGACGGAGGUACAGGAGGGGCAGCGGGAUUGGGAGGGGAGGGCCAGGGAGUGAGAGAGGCAGCAGGGGAUGGAGCAGGGGGGUCGGGAGGUUUGGGGGAGGGUAGGGAGGGGGAGGGGAGAGGACAGGUGGAUGGAGGAGAGGAGAGGGGGAGAGAGACGAUCGGAGAGGGGGCACCAAGGGACCAGACAGGGCAGCAGCCAGCGCAACAGCAGGGACCAGUCGGACGCACAGGCCGUGUAGGCACCGCCUCCCGCAUUCCAGACCUCACCUGCCGCGACGUUGGCCAGGGUCUGAUGGUUCUUGUGGAUGUCUCCAUAGCGGAUCCACAGCGGGAGGGGAACGUGCAGCUGAGACGGGCGACCCCCACACAGAUUGGAGUGGCAGCAGCUAGGCGGGUGCAGGAGAAGCUGCGUCACUGGGGGCCGCACUUAGAGGGGCUGCAGCCGGCACCACACUUUUACGCGUGCGUGGCGGAGACCUUUGGCCUUCUGAGUGAGCCGCUGCGUCAGUUUCUGGGGCUCUGCGCAAAGAGGAUAGCACAGCGGAGGAGGGAUAGAGGUGGGGGGGAUGACGGAUCGGCACGGAUAUUUGAGGCAGGACUCACUACACGCCUCUCCGUUGCACUGCAGCGCGCGCAGGCUCAAUGCAUGAUCCAGCAUGCGGUGCGGCAGUUAGGGAGUCACACCCCCUGCCCCCUCAUGCCAUCCGCUCCCCCCGCCCCUACCCUCCGCGUGCCCGCUCCCUUGCCGCCUCUUUUGACCCUCCCUGCCCCCCCUCGCCGUUUCCCACCGCCCGCCAUUCGCUCCUCCCCGCCCGUGCGCUCCCCUCCUUUACCUUCUCCUCCCCCCUCCCCUCCUCUGCUGCACGCCUCUUCCUUCCCCUCGCCGACCCACUCCACUCCCUGCCCCUCCUCAAUCCGCACCCUGCCCCUCGUAUCUCGCCCCCCUAUGCUUGGUUUCUCCCCUCCCUGCCCCUCGCCGCCUUUCCCCGCUCCCCACCUCCCCCCUCUCCCUGCCCCCCCCACUCUCCCCCCCCCCUUGUCCUUGGCUUCCUACCUCCCUGCCUCACCUUUCCCCCCUCCGUGUGCUCAGCUUCUCCCCUCCCUGCCCCUCCCUCCUCCCCGCCCUGCCCCUCAUUUUCCGCCCCCCCCCCCCCACGCCCGGUUUCUCCCCUCCCCGCGCCUCCCUUUCUUUCUCCGUGCCUCUCCUUUGCUCCCUCCCUGCCCCCGCCUGCCCAUGCCCCUGUCUUUGGCUUCUCCCCUCCCUGCCCCACGUUUCUUCCCUCCCUGCCCCCCGUCUGCCCCUCCCUUGUUUUCCCCUCACCCAUUGCUUCUCUCCUCCCUGCCCUUGAUUUCCCACACCCCUGCCCUCGUUUCCUAUCAUCCAUGCCCCUCGUUUCCCCCCUUUCCCCUGCCCGUUGCUGCCCCUCCCCUUGCCCCCUCAACUCCCCUGCCCCCCGUACACCCCAAGUCCCAUCCAACCGCCCCCACCCUCCCCCGGCUGCCCGUUUCCGCUCUCCACCCCCGCGACCGUGUGCGGCUUCCAACCGCCCAACGGUGUCACACCCCCUGCCCCCUCAUGCCAUCCGCUCCCCCCGCCCCUACCCUCCGCGUGCCCGCUCCCUUGCCGCCUCUUUUGACCCUCCCUGCCCCCCCUCGCCGUUUCCCACCGCCCGCCAUUCGCUCCUCCCCGCCCGUGCGCUCCCCUCCUUUACCUUCUCCUCCCCCCUCCCCUCCUCUGCUGCACGCCUCUUCCUUCCCCUCGCCGACCCACUCCACUCCCUGCCCCUCCUCAAUCCGCACCCUGCCCCUCGUAUCUCGCCCCCCUAUGCUUGGUUUCUCCCCUCCCUGCCCCUCGCCGCCUUUCCCCGCUCCCCACCUCCCCCCUCUCCCUGCCCCCCCCACUCUCCCCCCCCCUUGUCCUUGGCUUCCUACCUCCCUGCCUCACCUUUCCCCCCUCCGUGUGCUCAGCUUCUCCCCUCCCUGCCCCUCCCUCCUCCCCGCCCUGCCCCUCAUUUUCCGCCCCCCCCCCCCCCACGCCCGGUUUCUCCCCUCCCCGCGCCUCCCUUUCUUUCUCCGUGCCUCUCCUUUGCUCCCUCCCUGCCCCCGCCUGCCCAUGCCCCUGUCUUUGGCUUCUCCCCUCCCUGCCCCACGUUUCUUCCCUCCCUGCCCCCCGUCUGCCCCUCCCUUGUUUUCCCCUCACCCAUUGCUUCUCUCCUCCCUGCCCUUGAUUUCCCACACCCCUGCCCUCGUUUCCUAUCAUCCAUGCCCCUCGUUUCCCCCCUUUCCCCUGCCCGUUGCUGCCCCUCCCCUUGCCCCCUCAACUCCCCUGCCCCCCGUACACCCCAAGUCCCAUCCAACCGCCCCCACCCUCCCCCGGCUGCCCGUUUCCGCUCUCCACCCCCGCGACCGUGUGCGGCUUCCAACCGCCCAACGGUGGUGCGCACGGGGCCAUUACCGCCCCUCUCCCCUUAUCCCCCACCACGCCCCCAAGCAGGCCUUUCUCCCCCCAGCCUCCCGUCUCCCUGCCCUUAGUACCGCCGCGCUCUGCCCGUGCGUCACCCUUGCCCACUUCAUACCACCUCCCCCUUCUCCCCCCCCCCCCGGCUUCUCCCUAUCAUCACCCGCAUGUUCCCCCACUCCCCUGUCCACAACGUCCCUCCACCCCCCUUCCUGCUUUCCCCACUCCCACUCUGCCCCCCACACCUCUACGAGCCGUACUUCCCCCUCCAGCCUCCCUUUCCCCCCCAGCUACUUCCGCAUCCAGCCCACCUACCCCAGCCUCCCUCUACCUCUCCCUAACUCCACACCGCCGUUCCUACCCCCAGCCAAGGUCUACACCCCUUGCUUUUGCUCCCUGGGCUGUGCCGUCCCCAACCUCCCUCCGCCUUUCCGCGGCACCAGACCGCCUCUCCCUCCCCCAGCCAACUUUUGCACCCCCUGUUCCUGCCCCUUGUGCCCUCCAACACCCUACCUCAACCCCCCCCAGUCUCCCCCUUCUCCAACACCCUCCAUAUUUCCUCCCCCCUGGGGCUCGCCCAUCCGCAGCUAUCACCCUUCAUCGAUUCCCCAAUUCCCUCUGUCCCCUGUUUCCCGGCCCCGCAUCCUAUCCUGCAUUUACCACAGCACCUCCUUUCGGUGCCCUCUCUGCCCUCCCACGUUCUCACCCCCCGCCUCCCAACCUUCUCAUUACCCGCUACCAGGCUCACGCCAACUCGACUACCCACUACCCUUUGCCCCUUCCUCUCUGUUCCCCACCCUUCCUUUCCCACCUGGCUCCACCUGCCCACCCCCACCUCCCGUGGAAUUCUGCCCUGCCCUCCCCACCUCUGGCCCACCACCUGUCCCCACACCCUGCUCACCCACCGCUACACCACCCCCGCCCCCCCACCUCCACUACAGCCCGCCAACACUUCCCCUCUCAAUCGGCCCCCAGCCCGCCCCCCCCUUGGGCCCCAAUCCCCUCCAACUGUCAGGCCCCCUCUACCCUCUCUUCCACCCACUGCGCACCGCUUUCCCCACCCUUUUCCCCUUUCCCCAAGCUAACCCCCCGCACCCCGGCCUCUGCCAGGGAGUUCCUUCCCCCUUUGACGCCCUCUUGAGCCAACCCCAGCAACUCACACCGCCACCGCCAGGCAUGCUGCCUCUAGCCAGGGGGGAACUUGCAGCUGACACUGCACGGGAAGGGGUAAGUGAGUUUGUGUGUGAAGGAGCAGCAGAGGCUACAGAGGAUGGGGCAGCAAAGGCUGCACGGGAAGGGGCAAUGGGGGUUGUGGGGGAAGGGGCAGCAGAGGCUGCAGAGGAAAGGGCAGCAGAGGCUGCAAGGGAAGGGGCAGCAGCGGCUGCACGGGAAAGGGCGGCAGGGGCUGCACGGGAAGGGGCGGCAGGGACCGUGACUCUGGCCAGGCAAAGGGCAGAGGCCAUGGAGACAG